AACGAGACCGUCCUGUCAAGCAGUUUGUCCCUCUGGCCGAGCUGUAGCGGUUCUCCUCCCCGUCUUCCAUCAUGGAAGGAGCCGCCAACUCCUCCGAAGGCUUGCGCUAUGCCGAGUACACCAGGGCUCCUACGGGCGCCGGCACGGGCCAAGCCGAGCUGGACCGAGGGCUGGCCAAAACUAUGAUAGCAGUUGGACUUGGUGUUGCAACUGUUGCAUUUGCAGGUCGUUAUGCUUUCCAUCUUUGGAAGCCAUUGGGGCAGGCAGUUACAGAGACAGCAAAGAGGAUUUCAACUUCUACUCUUUCAUCAUACUAUAAAGGAGGAUUUGAACAGAAAAUGAGUAGGCGAGAAGCUGGUCUUAUUUUAGGUGUGAGUCCAUCUGCCGGCAAGGCCCAAGUCAGAGCAGCCCAUAGAAGAAUCAUGAUUUUGAACCAUCCUGACAAAGGUGGAUCACCUUACUUGGCAACAAAAAUAAAUGAAGCAAAAGACUUGUUGGAAUCCAGUGCCAAAAGCUGAAAUCCAAAGCCUUGGACUGUGGGAGAUGCAGCAGCUGCAUUGUGCAACAGCUUUCAUAUUUACUUCAUCUGCACAAUUCAUAACCAUGCAUCAGUUGUUUGUAUUUAUUGUCCUAAUCAAAUAUUGAAGGUUAUUUAAAAGCAAACUGGAAUAUUUUGUGGUUGUGUACAGUUAUGCUUGGGCUUGAGCUGUCCUGUGAUUCUGUGUCUCAGUUUUACUGAAUUACGAUCCAUUACAAGCUUUGAAAGCCUUCUCUUGCCAUCUGUGGUUUUCUUCAGGAUUAGUUUUGGUCUUCUUCAAUCUUUUUUGUGCUUUUGUUAAAUUUAAAAAG